GCUGGGGGCGGGCGGCUCCGUGACGCGGCGAGCGGAGCGGGCGGGCCGGGGCGGAGCGGACUCGACCGCAGAGCAGCCCCUCCCGGCCGCGGCCGCCGACCCCAGCCCCCGGCCCCCGGCCCGGCUCUAUGGACAGGAGCUCGCUGCUGCAGCUUAUCCAGGAGCAGCAGCUGGACCCUGAGAACACAGGCUUCAUCGGUGCGGACACCUUCACUGGCCUGGUGCACAGCCAUGAGCUGCCCCUGGACCCAGCCAAGCUGGACAUGCUGGUGGCCCUGGCCCAGAGCAAUGAGCAGGGCCAGGUCUGCUACCAGGAGCUGGUGGACCUGAUCAGCAGCAAGCGCUCGAGUAGCUUCAAGCGGGCCAUUGCCAACGGACAGCGGGCACUGUCCCAGGAUGAGCUGCUGAACGAGCCGGGCCUGGGCAUCUACAAGCGGUUUGUGCGCUAUGUGGCCUAUGAGAUCCUGCCCCGAGAGGUGGACCGCCACUGGUACUUCUACCGGCACCGCAGCUGCCCACCCCCCGUGUUCAUGGCCUCGGUCACCCUUGCCCAGAUCAUCGUGUUCCUGUGCUAUGGGGCCCGCCUCAACAAGUGGGUGCUGCAGACCUACCACCCCGAGUACAUGAAGAGCCCCCUUGUAUACCACCCUGGCCACCGUGCUCGGGCCUGGCGCUUCCUCACCUACAUGUUCAUGCAUGUUGGGCUGGAACAGCUGGGGUUCAACACACUUCUGCAGCUGAUGAUUGGGGUGCCCCUGGAGAUGGUGCAUGGCCUGCUCCGAAUCAGCCUGCUCUACCUGGCCGGCGUGCUGGCAGGCUCCCUGACCGUCUCCAUUACUGACAUGCGAGCUCCUGUGGUGGGGGGCUCUGGCGGAGUCUACGCCCUGUGUUCGGCACACCUGGCCAAUGUCGUCAUGAACUGGGCUGGGAUGAGGUGUCCCUACAAGCUGCUGAGAAUGGUGCUGGCCCUGGUGUGCAUGAGCUCCGAGGUGGGCCGGGCUGUGUGGCUACGCUUCUCCCCACCACUGCCCGCCUCUGGCCCCCAGCCCAGCUUCAUGGCACACCUGGCGGGUGCGGUGGUGGGGGUCAGCAUGGGCCUGACCAUCCUGCGCAGCUACGAGGAGCGCCUGCAGGACCAGUGCGGCUGGUGGGUGGUGCUGCUUGCCUACGGCACCUUCCUGCUCUUUGCCAUCUUCUGGAACAUCUUUGCUUACGACAUGCUAGGUGCCCACACCCCGCUGCCGCCCUAAUGGGCUCCCCAGAGCUACAGGGGACAGGGCAAGUGUGUGUGGGCCAGCCCCUAGGUGGCCCUGCACAUGAGCCCUCUGCGAAUGUCCAUCUUGAGUCUGCUCCUUCUUGGGAGUGGGUGGCCCCAUAGCCCACUGAAUCCAGGCCAAGUCUUAUACCAGCCCUGGCCACCACUCCCACACCUGGGGGACAGGACUUCUGGGCCAGCUGGUGGAGGUACCCAAAGGUGGUCCCAGAGAAGAUCAUGUCUCAGCCUCACCCCCUGGACUUGCAGUCUGAGCCUUUUUGGACAAUGAAUAAAUAUUUUACACAGCACCAGGUGGCUGUGCCAGGGCCGUGGGGGAUGCUCUGGCCUCCACCACACUUGCUGAGCAGGCU